CGCCGAGCUGCGGAGCGCUCUCUGCGUGGGUUCCCUGCCCGAGUGCACGCCGAGCCAGCCGGAGACUGAGAAACGCAGGAAUUAAGAUAAUGGCAGCUUUUACUCCAAGGAAGAGGAAACGACAGAAUGCUGAUAAUGGUGAUAGCCUAUUAACAGAUACUUCGUCAAACAAAUUAGAUUUAAGCUUUUCUGAAAGCCAUACUUGCCAAAGCAGUGAUCAAAAGGAAGAAAAGUCUUGCUCCUCCCAAGGCCAUUUCAUGCCAAGUCCUCUUAAGGUAGCAGAAAACAAUAGGUUUCCAUUUGCAAACUACAGUUCACUAUUUAAAUCUGUUGUGUCUACUGCAUCUUUCUACAAUAAAAAUAAGCAGUACCUCAAUCCACUUGAGAGGAAGUUGAUAAGAGAGAGUAGACCUAUUUGUCCAGCAACUAAAAAUGGAGAUAAGCCCAGUGUGAUAGAGAAAAUGCAGAGAAAACCAACCCGUACCAAGAAAAGCAAAAAACCACAGAAGAGUUUAACUGCUAAAUAUCAACCGAAUUUUAAGCACAUCAAGUCUAUAUCAAGAAACCCUAAAAGUUCGAAGCCAGUUGUGGAUAAAGAGAACAGCUGUUUUCCCACAGGAAAUCAUCCACAUACUCCUCCUCGGGUGCUAAGCCAGAAAAUAAAACCACAAGUCACACUCCAGGGGGGAGCAGCAUUUUUUGUUAGAAAAAGAAACUCUCUUAAGAAAUCAUCCCUGGAAGAUAAGCCAUUACAGAAAAAUGAACCAGAACUGACCGAAGACGCUGUCCCAGAGGCAAAGCGAGUACCAAAGUCCUUGUUAGCGGAAGAGAAAUUGAAUGUUGAGCUACUGGGUGCAAGAAGUAAAAAUGAAGAGAAACUAAGAAAGAAUUCCUCAGGUGCCGCAGUUUCUUCAAAAGAAUGUAAACUUGAUAAACAUGGUUUUCCUUCAGAGAAUUCACUCGGUGAGAACAAGACAAUUUCUCCCGAGUCUGUCAUCUAUCCCAUCUUCAGUGUUUCUUCAGUAAAUACGAAAAGGUCUCCACCUGAAGAACAGUCUUCUAUGGAAUCCGCUGCAUGUACUAACUUCUUGAAACAGACAAUUGUGCAGAAAAAUAUGAAUUCCAGAGAUACAAAUAAAGGAGGAAAAGACCAGCUCAUCAUUGAUGCGGGUCAGAAACAUUUUGGGAUGACGAUAUGUAAAUCUUGCGGCAUGAUCUAUACUGCUUCCAACCCUGAAGACGAGAUACAGCAUCUCCAGUAUCACCACAGGUUUCUGGAGGGAAUCAAAUAUGUGGGCUGGAAAAGAGAGCGGGUAGUAGCACAGUUUUGGGAUGGGAAGAUUGUGUUGGUCCUGCCACAGGAUCCAAGUUAUGCCAUCAAAAAGGUAGAAGAUGUCCAAGAGCUUGUGGAUCUGGAAUUGGGCUUCCAUCAGGUUGUUCCCAUGUGUCCAAACAAAACCAAAACUUUCCUCUUCAUUGAUGAAAAGAAAGUAGUGGGCUGUUUAAUAGCAGAGCCCAUCAAACAGGCCUUUCGUGUCCUAUCGGAACCAAGUGCCAGUAAAGAAUGUUCUAGAGCUUGGCAGUGUUCAGAUGUACCAGAACCUGCAAUUUGUGGAAUAAGUAGAAUCUGGGUCUUCAGACUGAAAAGAAGAAAGCGCAUUGCAAGACGACUGGUAGACACAGUCAGGAAUUGCUUCAUGUUCGGCUGUUUUCUGAGCACUAAUGAAAUUGCAUUUUCUGACCCAACACCAGAUGGCAAAUUAUUUGCAACUAAGUACUGCAACACCCCUAAUUUCCUUGUAUAUAAUUUUCAUAGCUAAAGUCAUUUGCAACCACAAAACUGGUACUAUGUGAAGUUCAGCUAAAUAACUAGUAUCAGAAAGACUUGUACACAUGUGCAUACCAGUUUUUCUUAUAUGUUAGAAUUUGUUGAAUUGUUUGGGAUUCAAAGAAAAAAAAAGAUCUUUGGAUACACUGAGUUCUUAAUAUUGAAAACUUCACAGCUAGGUGGCUUCUGUCUGCAGAACCUGGGCCACUUUAUAAAGGAUCACAUGAACACACUUUUCAGAUCAUGGUUGUCUCAUGCUCCAUUAGUAGAGGCAAAUCUAAACACAGACAAUGAGAUAAUUUCCGAAUUCCUUAUGCAGCAUUCUCACUUUGUAAACAAACAUACUGUAGCAGCUAAGUUGAAAUACUUAAGAAAGUAUUUUGAAUUUCCUGUUUGUAAUAAGAUGGCAGAAAUCAUUAUCUCAUCCAUUUAUAUAAAAUAGCUCUAUAAUAGUAUUUUAAUCCCUUAAAAUUAAUCAAAAGCACACUUACCAUAAAAUUAUGUGAGACUGUAUUGGCACUGUUAUCAUUUUUUGUUUUUAUUGCAUGAAAAUGCUGCCAGGUAAUUGAAGUCAUGAACCAAACUAGUGGACCUAAGAACAUAAUGACUUAAGGAAUACUCUGUACACUUAAGUGCAUUCAGAUUUCUAGUAUAAUUUGUAUACUCAUUUUUUAAAGCAAAAAAUUACUCAGAUUGUUUUAAUUCUUAAAGGUCAUUUAACUGAUAUCUGGCAUGAGACAUCAGUUUUUGUAUUUAGGUUUUAUUGUUCAUUGUAAGAUUGGUUCAUCUUUAGUCUAAUUUGCCUGUACUACUUCCAAGACCAAUAUGGAAGUGUUAAAAUUGUGUGUAAUUAUGCAAACAUUUUAAUGCUACUUU